GCGGCGGCGGCGCUCGGGCGUGUGCGAGGCGUGAGGUGGAGAUGGGGGCGGAGGGAGCGGGAGCUGUCACAGGCCCCGCGUCCGCCUGAGCGAGCCAAGUGGGGUGUCAUGGCCGCGGGGGGCAGCGGCUGCACUUCCUCUGCUGGCAGCGGCGGCCGGGGAGUCAGUCCUCGGCGCACGGGUCGGUCCCGUUUCCCUCUGUGCGGCGGCCGGCGGGACCAUAAGGGCUUAACUCAAAUUCCCAACCCUCCUCCAAAAAGAUUUCAAAAUAUUCUUGAAGGGCUGUUUGGACCUGCGUUAUUAAAAGAUCUCAGUUUAUAUAAAGAGUGUGAACCUGAAAGCAUUUCUGAUUGGGCUUUUGAUGAAAAUUGUCUGUUCUGUUGCUUGAGAAGAGAUAAAGUAAAGGGACACUUAGUCGGUCUGGAUGAGCCAGCUUCUGGAGCUGGGCAAGAAGUUUUGCUUAAACAAGAGCACGCAAAAGUCACUCGACUCCAGAGACAAGCAGAAGAGUUCCUCAAUGCAGUCUUUUAUAGAAAAGACAGUCCCUGGGUCUCCGACCCCAAUAUUCCCCUAGUGGCCCGUGAGAUCAUGCAGCGAAUGAUCCAACAAUUUGCUGCUGAAUAUACCUCAAAAAAUAGCUCUACUCAGGACCCCAGCCAGCCCAAUAGCACAAAGAACCAAAGCCUGCCGAAAGCAUCUCCAGUCACCACCUCUCCCACGGCUGCAACAACUCACAACCCUGUGCUCAGCAAACUUCUCAUGGCUGACCAAGACUCACCUCUGGACCUUACUGUCAGAAAGUCUCAGUCAGAACCUAGCGAACAAGACGGUGUACUUGAUUUAUCUACUAAGAAAAGUCCAUGUGCUAGCAGCACUUCCCUGAGCCAUUCUCCAGGUUGUUCCAGUACUCAAGGGAACGGAGAGGUUUCAGCAGAGGCACCAGCAGUAGAUUCUAACCAUCAGUCAAAGUCCCCACUGGAGAAUUUUAUGGUCAAACUGUGCACUCAUCAUCAGAAACAAUUCAUCCAGGUUCUGAGUGACCUGUACACUGAAUCUCAGCCAGGUUCUGGAGACCUGCAGCCUUUGGAUCCCACGGUGAUGGAUGCCUCCCCUUGCAACUCGGGCUGUGCCCAGCUGAGCAGCAGACAAAGCGAAAAGGAUGAUGUGUGUCUUGAUGAGAGUUCUCCUGCUUCUGUAAAUUUGUUCUUAGACUCAUCAGGUUCUCCUAGCUCUCUGAAUGUGACUGAAGAAACCAUGAAGGAAACACCUCCUGAGACAGACUCUGUAGAUGGGAAAGAGAAUGCCUUGAGCACUGUCCAGAAAGAUUCCUCUGAACUUCCAGACACUCAACAGAACACCACAGGUUCAGCAGACAGUCCCACUGUGGGAAGCUUCACUGCAUUGGAUUCUUCCUCUUUUAACUUCCUCUGUAGUUCUAAAAGCUUAGCAGGACAAACCACUGGACAGGAGCAAGACAUAAGCGUGAAACCUGGUGAGGAUGGAGAAGACAGUGCCCCAGCCUUAGGGGAAAGUCUGGCUGCAGUGGAAGCGGCAGCUGAGAAUACUGAAGAGGGUGGUAGCUGUAUUGUUUCUCAAAGAAACUCAUUCAAAGCUUUAUCAGAAGAGACGUGGGACUCAGGGUUUUUGGGAAACUCAUCCAGUACUGCAGACAAAGAGAAUGCUUUACAGUGUAGUUCAGAAACAUCCUUACACCAGGAUUUAGAGGCAGAUGAACAAGAUGCAAGGCCAAAGCAAGAGAACCAUCUUCAUUCACUUGGUAGAAACAAGGUGGGUUUCCAGACAUACCCCAGAGACAAGGGCCAUUUUGAUCAUUCCAAAGGUGGUUGGUUAGCUCCGAGCCCAACGCCAGCUCUACAGAGAGCAUCCAAUGGUCACUCACGAACCAAGAUAAUAUCAGCCUCCAUCAAGACUGCUCGGAAAAGCAAGAGGGCAUCAGGGUUGAGGAUAAAUGAUUAUGACAACCAGUGUGAUGUUGUUUAUAUCAGUCAACCAAUAACAGAAUGCCACUUUGAGAAUCAAAGAUCCAUAUUGUCUUCUCGGAAAACAGCCCGAAAGAGUACCCGAGGAUACUUUUUCAAUGGUGAUUGUUGUGAGUUACCAACAGUUCGCACACUAGCCAGAAAUGUAUGCUCUCAAGAAAAGGGAAGCUGCUCACGGAUGGCGUCAGAGGCAGUGGUGACUUCGAAGCAGGCUCUUACAGUUCCCACCUCGAAGCAAACAGGAGGUGUGCAGCUUCCCACAGUAGGUGUGCAACUUUCUACAGUAGAUGAGCAGCUUCCCCCAGUACAUGAGCAACUUCCCACAGUAGGUGAGCAGCUUCCUGCAGUGGCUGAACAGCUUCCCACAGUACGUGAGCAACUUCCCACGGUCGAUGAGCCUCUUCCUGCAGUGGAUGAGCAACUUCCCACAGUAGAUGAGCAGCUUCCUACAGUAGAUGAGCCUCUUCCUGCAGUGGAUGAACAGCUUCCCACAGUAGAUGAGCCUCUUCCUGCAGUGGAUGAGCAACUUCCCACAGUAGAUGAGCAGCUUCCUACAGUAGAUGAGCCUCUUCCUGCAGUGGAUGAGCAACUUCCCACAGUACAUGAGCCUCUUCCUACAGUAGAUGAGCAGCUUCCUGCAGUGGAUGAGCCACUUCCUAUAGUAGAUGAGCCUCUUCCCACAGUAGAUGAGCAACUUCCUGUAGUGGCUGAACAGCUUCCUACAGUAGGUGAGCAGCUUCCCACAAUAGAUGAGCCUCUUCCUGCAGUGGCUGAACAGCUUCCCACAGUAGAUGAGCAGCUUCCUGCAGUGGAUGAGCAACUUCCUGCAGUGGAUGAGCAGCUUCCUGCAGUGGAUGAGCAACUUCCUGCAGUGGAUGAGCAACUUCCUGCAGUAGAUGAGCAGCUUCCUGCAGUGGAUGAGCAGCUUCCCAUAGUAGGUGUACAGCUCCUGGAAGAAGAGACCCCUGACGAUCCUAGAAAGGGGAGAAUCUCCCCUAGGGAAGGGAACGAAGACACAUCAUCAGGGAAAGGGCAUCAGGAGCCAGAGGUUUGCCACACCGUGACUGAGCAGGGUCCUAGCAGCUCCCCGGGGCCAGGAGAGAGCACAGCCUCUAGUCCAGCAUGUCUUCUGCCUGCUGUCCUCCCUAAUGAUGAUAUGCCUGGUGUGUCAGAAGGCAGCAUUGUGGUCUCACCUACCACGGCAAGUCUACCAUCUUCCCGUGAGCAUGACCAGCCACCAGCCUCCCUGCUGGCUUCAGAGGAGAUGCAUGCAAAAGAGUGCCACCUGGUUCCUACAGCUGGAAGCACCCCCCUUGUCUCUGGGGAAGGCAGUGAAGACCUAUGCAGGCCUCAGUCUUCUCCUGAAACUGCCGUCAGAGAGGAGAGUUCUCCAUGUUCAGAAAUUGAAAGCCCUGUUGUGGGUUUAGAUCCUCCCCUUAGUCUAGAACUGUCUGAGCUUGACCAAAGCAUCAGUACUGAGGCUGAGAGCAGAGAUGUCCCUGGGGAGGCACUGUUGCUAGAUGCCUCCCUGCCCUUACUGGAAAGCAGCAUUAUCACUGAUGAGAACCCAAGUGAGACUGAAGGAGGUGAGGCAGCAAGUGGUACAGGACAGCGGGAGGCUCAUGGCAGUGAGAUGAAAUACCCAGCAGAAAAUGAUCUGAGUGAGCCAAACUUUGACUCACCUGAAGAGAAUGUGGACAAGAAGAAAAAGGGUAAAAGGCUCCCCGAGGCCUCUGAUAGGUGCCUAAGAAGUCAGCUUGUAGAUUCAUCCUCUGCUGACAGGUGCCUGGGAAGCCAGGGUUCAUCUACUGAUUGUCCCGAAAUCAAGGUUUCUAAAAAUCCUUCUGUAAAGCGUUCUAAAAGAGAAGAUCACUCUGGUGGGAUGACACCCCAGGGCUCGGUGAUUGACUGCAUCCAUACAGACGACCUGGAGGACACUGAAGACCCCAAUGUCACUGAACAUCCCUCCAAUGAAGAUACUGAGCAAGAGGAUGAAGGAGCUGGAGUAAUCACAAGGCAGACCUUUAAAAACAUGCUGGCUAAGGAAAUUAAAAAAGAAAGGGAGACGUUCCCAAGCAGUGACUCAGUUGGCCAGCCACUGCCUGAAGACAACCUGGAAGUUCAUGUGUGGUCCAAGGUAGAUGAGAGAGAUGUGCAUGUGCCCUCAGAAGCCAUUUCCUAUAAGAGAGACCCAGAGCAGGUAAAAGAGAAGCCGGGACACAUUGCCUUACAGGAUGUGGAAACCGCUGUGAGUGAGGUAUGUGCCGAGGAUAUCCACUGUGAAGAUGAUGGUGACCUUGCUCCAUCCAGCUCAGCUGGGAUAUCAGCCAGUCAGAGUGGCGGUGCUGCUGGGCCUGCUGGGCCAUCAAAAUUAGUAACAAGGCCUAAGAGACUGCCUUCUUCAACCUACAACCUGAGACAUGCUCAUUGCGUGGACACCCUGGACACUACAAAAAUGACUUCAGAAAAGCAAGUCACACAAGGAAACCCAGCACCAAAGGAAAGCAAGGCUUCUGAGAGGGCAGAGUCCUUAGAUGAGGAAGAUGCGGACUCUGUGGUGGAGGUACAGCCCAAGUUUGUGGAAUGGUGUGCCGAGGAGGACAACCAGGAGCUAAUCGCCAACUUCAACGCCCAGUACCUGAAAGUCCAGAAAGGCUGGAUCCAGCUGGAGAAAGAAGCGCAGCCAACAUCGAGAGCAAGGAGCAAGUCUGACAAGCUGAAGGAGAUUUGGAAGAGCAAGAAGAGGUCACGAAAGUGCAGGGGUUCGUUGGAGGUGCAGAAGUUUUCUCCUGUUCAGAUGCUGUUCAUGACAAACUUUAAACUGUCUAAUAUCUGUAAGUGGUUCUUAGAGACGACAGAAACUCGCUCUCUGGUCAUUGUGAAGAAACUAAAUACUCGUCUUCCAGGAGACAUCCCCCUUGUUAAACACCCUCUUCAGAAGUACUCUCCCUCCACCCUGUACCCUAGUUCACUACAGGCGGAACGCUUGAAAAAACACUUGAAGAAAUUUCCUGGAGCCAUUCCUGCUAAGAAUAAUUGGAAAACACAGAAGCUGUGGACCAAACUACGAGAGAAUCCUGACCAGGUAGAGCCUGAGGCUGGCAGUGACAUCAGCCUUAACAGUGAAGACAGUGUGGAGGAAGUCAGGGAAGGUAGAAAUAGCCAUCCUCCCACCAACUUGCCUGCUCCAGCCAGCACCCGGAUCCUUAGAAAGUAUUCCAAUAUUCGAGGAAAGCUCAGAGCCCAGCGCCUGGACAGCUCACUGGGUGGGGCUUCCGAAAUUAAGCAGGGCCGGAAGAGCGUGUGCAUCAACCCGCUGAUGUCCCCUAAGCUCGCCCUCCAGGUGGGUGCAGAUGGGUUUCCUGUGAACCCCAAGAGGGCUGAAGGGAACAAGGGGAGAAGAGGGAAGCAGAUGCCAGAAACCUUGCUUAAGGUGGAAGGUCAGAACAAACGCAAAAGAGCAGAAGGCUGUGGCACUCAGGACGCUAAGGACAGGGGGCCGGCAACCAAAGCCAGCAGAGCCCUUUCUGCCAAGAAGUUAGCUGUAAAGGACAGAGUCAGCCAACUAUCCAAGAAGAUGACCUUGAAGGAAAAUAAAGUGAGAGUCUGUAAAAAGGCUCCUGGGAAGAGCUGCCCACCAUCCAGGAAAGAAAAAGAGAAUGCAAACAGAAGACCUGGCCAUCCUGCCACAGCCUCUGAAGCUCCGACAAAACCUGCAAAACAAAAGGGCACAGGAGAAGCCUCUUCAAAACCCCCAAAAGCCAGGAGGAGGAACAGGAAUCUGAGCAGUGGUAGGGGCCAAGCCAGACCCUUGACCAAGAGCCCAGACAACCGGGCUGCUCAGAGAAAGAGAAAGCUCAAGAGCAAAGUGGACUCCUCCCAGGGCAAACGGAGGCGGCUAGAGGCCAAGUGAUGGCUGGAUGGCCCCUGAGCGAAACUGGCCCACGGAAAUAACCUUUCAUUUUGCAUUAACAAAAUCUGCUUUUAUAAGCUUAUCAAGCCUUUCACGUCGCAGUUAUGGAGAACACCAGUUUGAGAUGUCAAAAAAUGCAUCUCAGCUGGAGAAGGGAACUUGGAGAGAGUCCUUCUCCAGGGUUAAGGGAAGUUGUACAUUAUUUUCUGGUUGUUCCUUGGGUUUUAAACUUGGAACCAAGCAGUUUUUGUUUUAAGAAGUACAGUGCCUUAUUUAUCCUUUUUGUUUAAAAUUUUACGAAAGCUGAGAAGCUGAUGUAUGUGACUAAAGGCUUGUAUUUUAUACUUGACGCACAAGCACUUGUUCUGUCACGAAGGAGGCCACCGCCAAGCAUGCGCGAGUGAGCGAGGAGCCGUCAGCAGCUGCCGUGCGCCCCUGGACAGGGGCGCCUUGCAGACCACAGCACAACUCCCCUCUGUCCAGUUUGGUUUUUAUUUGAUUGAUAUUUGAAAGCUGAACCAAAUCAUUUCUAUGGUAUGUGGAAAAUGCAGGGGAUUUAUGAUUAUUAUAAAAGAUUAAUAUUUCUGUUACUUUUCUUCCAAAACUCAUAUUGUUGGUUACCCCUUCACCUUUUUUUUUUUUUUUUUUUUUUUUUUCAUUUCAUUUCAGAUCAUGUUCUCUAGUUUGUGUGCUCAUGGGACAAAAAAUGUGCUAGAAUGUUUUUUGGUUUUGUUUUUCGAGACAAGGUUUCUCUGUGUAGCCCUGACUGUUCUGGAUUUACUUUGUAGACCAGGCUGGCCUUGGACUUACAGAAAUCCACCUGCCUCUGCCUCCUGAGUGCUGGGAUUAAAGGCCACCAUGCCCAGCCCACUCCUUUUUUUGGUUUUAUUUCUUGCCCCAAACUAUGUCACUAUUCACACUGGCCAUCCUCUUCAGUGUGGGGCCUUGCAAGCAUGGUAGUACUGUGAGGUUUGUCUUCUAUUUUGUUGGAGUGUUUUGUGUAUGUUUUUAUCUUGGAGCUGUCAGUUGACCGUUAGGAUGAGUGACUCGUGUUUCUGUUCUUACACAAAGUAUUUCCCUAUGCAGUGAAAGUCAUAACGUUCUUUCCAGCAGUAGGAAAGUGUCACCGUGUGCGCAUGCAUCUACCUGCGCUCGCAUGCCCACAAGUGUCUCCUGGUACUGGCUUCACAGUAAAAUUCCUUCUUCCCCGUGUAGUGUGUAUCUGUGAGUGGAGUACUUAGCAAUGAUCAGAAUAUUUGAAAGUAAUUCCAAGUCUCCAUGCACGUUUCUAGUACCACUUUCACAUCAGACUUAGGGGUGUGAGUAGAGGCCUUGAAAGAGCAGGGCAUCCAAGCAUCUGAAAGAAGCUGCCCAGAACCUUAGUGGAAUCACACCCCCUGCUCACAGCUGAAGUUCAGCUGGGACUCUGAUGGGCAUGUCCUUGCCUGGAGUAGGUAUCUAUUCAAAUUGAUAGUUCCAUUCUACUGCCUAAAUGCUUGCAGUGUCACUCCUCCCCAUACCAUGUCAUUCUGUUCCAUGGCUCAGAAAUGAGAACUGCAAUAAUUGAAAGUGAUGUUUGCCUUUCCUUGGUGGAGCCUGACAGGGCCCCAUUGGCUUUACUUGGUGCCUAUGACAUUGCUCCAUUGUAACAGUGUGUACUUGACAUUUCCAUUGGGCCAGUCAGCAAACCACUUGGUUGCUAAAGCCUCAGUCGGCUUUGACGUGUUCUGUCACCAAAACAGGCUUGCAUGGACAGCUGCUGCCCUGUUCUUAUUAAAAGUUUCUAUGUAGGUUGUUUCAGAUCUUUUUAGAUCAACCCAGAUGGGCUUCUUUUAUAUGCAAAUCAUGAUAAAACAGGUCUUCUACCUAUUUUGCUAUUGUUAAAGGUUUGCUGCAGAUAAUGGAAACUUCUGAUAAUUGGAUAGGACUGGAGCAUUCAUGAGAAGAUGAGAAUUGUGUUGAAUUUCACAGAUAAUGAAAAUCAUCAUUUUUUUUUAAUGUAACCUCUGUCCCAUGAGUGUUCAUGGGCCUUUCUCCUUCACUGCCUCCUCCUCCUCCCUUACUUUCCCCAUUCUUCAUUUUGUUAUUACUAUUAUUAUUAUUAUUAUCUUUGACCUUGACCAUUCACAAGCUACCUAUCGUAAUGAUACUGCUGAGUGUGUGCUGGCAACUCUUUCUCAGCAUUAAGUUGCACAGAAGCAUUAAUAUGUUUUUAGUAGGUUUGUUUAAUUUUAAAAUUUGGUUUUAAGGCUUAAAAGAGCUUUUCCUAUAGUUGUCACUGGAUAUUGUUGUUGUAGUAACUUAAGCAGCUGAGGCUUACUAAUGUCAGGUGCGCUGAUGCCUGUACAUUCGAGGUGCCCUUGGCUGCCUGGAGACCUCCUUGUAAGGUGCUUGGGUUAGGUUAGGGGGAGGACUGAGUGGUAAGUCAGUGGAACGCUUCCAGUUCCAAGUUUAUAAUUCAUUCCAUUACUUUUAUAAUUGUGUUUCCAUUUUUAAGAGCUCACUUCGAGGCAGGCUGUAUUUGAGGAAGCUGUGUAGAAGCAUUUAUCAUAUACCUGCCUCCAUCAUAGGCGUCUUUAAAAAUUAGCUCACACUUGGUAGUAGUGACUGCAUUUAUAUCGAUGGACAUUCUAUACAGUUAGCACACUUAAGGUUUGUCAGUGUUUCACAUUUAUUAAAUCCUAUUUUUGCUGAUUAAUUUUGUUAAUAGAAGAAAGAAAACAAAAGUAAAACUUGACAGUAGCUGUAGAUGUUUCUACACCCAUAGCAGAUGUUGGGAAAUCGUCCCCUCAGCAUCUCCAGGCUUGGCCCUGACUCUAGUCUCUUUGUUUUCCUUCCUUCCUGUAGCCAUUUACAAGUAUGACUUGCCACCAUAUGCAAGGCAUUCUGCUUCUGGCCCUGCACUCAGUAAAGUGGCUGUCCUAGAGCUGAAUUUGAUGCCAGAGGUCUGGUGUUCCUUUGUUCAGGAGUUAUGAGCAGCUCUGUUUGCUUCCCUAGAGCACAGCCUUUGGGAGACCCAUUUUCUUUCCUGUUGGGCUCCUGGGAUGGGCCUGCUCUCCUGGGGGGGGGGGUGCAGAAUUAUCCUGGCUCUUUCUCAGGCAUGUGGCAGGCUUGCAGUGCAUUAGGAAGACCCCAAGUUGUUCUCUGUUCUGGGAGCUUCCUGCAUAGGAAUGUUAUCUGAGUCUAUUGAGCCACAGUUGCUAGUCCCAGGGAUUCCCUGGGUCUUGCUGCUUUUGGUUUUUCUGUUUGGUACGGGGUUCUCAACUGAAGAUUCUACACUCUCCUGUCUAAACCACAUUCGGGCUGUAGGAUUAGUGCUUUGUCAUUCUAUGAUGGUUCAGAGAGAAGACACUCAUCCUUUUCUCCAGGGACCCUCUAUGUAUCACCCCGCACAGGCAAAUUUCUCGCCAUGCACCUAAGUCAUCAGCAAGCUUGAAGACAGAUGCUGUAAAUCAAGAUUUGGCCUGUUUCCAGCCUUGUGAUGGCUUCUAACGUGAGGGCACAGCUGUCACUCAUUGAUUAGCAGAGCUGAGAGUCCCGUAGGAAAUGAUACAUGCUAUAUGAUGCAAACUGGAAAUGCCGUGGUGUUGCCCUCAGCAAGUCUGAGCUUGUCACAAUGCCAGGAACAGACUGAAUAACUGAAGAAGCCGGCCAGUAGCCACCUCCAUCCCUCUGGUUUCGGUCAGUCAGUGCAGGCCUCCUCCUAGCUUACCAAGGAGCGAUUACAGGCAUACAAACUGGGCUGGCCACUCCUGUGUAUAAAUAAAGUUUUAUUGGCACAUAACCAUAUCCAUUUGCCUACUCAUUGUCUGUGGAACAGAUUAACUACUUGGAUAAGUGUCCACAAAGCCUAGAAUAAUUAAUAUUUAUAUCUUUGAAGAAGCCUGCUGACCCCUGCUUGGGAAAAUAAUCCCUCUUAGGAUUCCUCCUCUUCAGCCUCACAUCCUGUGUGUCCUGCCCCACCCCCAUCUCUGUUCUCUUUUGUACACAUUUCUGUGUGCUGUUGCUGUAAGAGAGGCAUGUUGUUGAGACAGCUUCAGAGUAACUCUGCUGUUAACAAGAAGUGCAUCUCCCUUUAAAUCUCUCACCCCAGGCCCUCUGUGAGGCCACAUAGCCUGGAGACCAGAACCCCUGAGCAAGUUGCCUUUGGAGUUCUAAAAUUACGUGGCCUGGCCCGUGUUCCACUCCCAUAGUUUCUAAUCAUAGAACUGACUCGGGCUUCACUUGUUUACUGAAAUGAGCCAAGCCUGCCCCUGAUGAGAUUAGCUGGGAGCUUCUGUUGGACUUUGACUCCUCACCACAGUUACUUGUGGGAAAGUCCCACAGCAUGGAGACAAAAGUCUAGUGACAACCAAAGCACUGGUUUUCAGUCACACACUUUUAAAAUAACUAUUAAAGGCAAGCUAACAAUAAAAUGGUAAUUUUUGAACUGCUAUAGAAAAGAAUGACAAAAAUAGGGGGUUGGGGAAAGUGUUUAACCUGAGUGUGACUAAGGAGUUAUAGAUUGUGUCUUUACAUCAAGGCUAGUCAGCUUCCAGCGUGUUAGUCCUCCCUCGCCGCAAAACUCAAGGGUAAGUUUCUGUUCUGCAUUCCAGAAUGAAGCUGAGUGUCAGAUCAAAAAACGUUUUUGAAAUGGGGACCGCACGUUAGUGGACACUGCCGUAAAGCCCGCCAUAAGCUAGGCAGACAUUCUACCACUGGGCUAUGACCCCUGCCCAAUUAUUUUGAAUUCUUAUGAAUCUUUUUCCACUGAAAUGCUUGAAAUGUGAAGCCCCAUCUUUAUGUAUACCCAAAGCAGUCCUCGUAUCUACACAGCAGGUACUUUUACCUAAGCUUGUUGCUCCCAAAUCCUUUUCAAGGAAAAGAUAUUUUAAAAAACUUAAACCCAGCAGAACUAGGGAACUAGCCUUUUGGGAUAGCUUUCAAAAUAUUUCAUCUCUUGAAAAUUCUGAAGAUUCCUGUCACCUGCAAGGAAUGAAUUGUAGGACCAGUCACCCCGAAGCAUCCCUUUUUUCUGCACCAAGGGAUGACCAGAUGAGCAGUGUGCAAAAGCUGCCCUUACUCAUGCUUUGUCUUUGGAUUUGAGCCAGUUCCUUCUGUCUUUUUCCAAGCUUUGGGACAGUUUCUGUCUGUGCUCUGGACACAGCCCUUCAUCUCGCCUGCCGAUUGUCGGCUUCACAGGCAUAUGUAACGAGGAAGGAGACACUGAAGCUUUCACACCCUGAGGGCAUGUCUGGUUUGACUUGUGCGCAGACUGUAAGCCACUUGAAAGCAUAGACCACCCACCUGAAACAGCAGCCUGGUGCCCAUGGUCUGAGAACAUGCCAGAGGUUGGAAGAAUGGUUAUACCCUUUUGAACUGGAUAAGCAGAAAUAAAACCUUUAACAAACUGGUUCACACUGCCUAGAAUACUUAACUGCCUGACCUUUUAGGUCAGUGUACUGUUCUUUGCAAAGGUCAUUAUCAAAUUGUGUGGGCUGUUAAGCACUUUUCUUUCCUUGUCUUUCCUUGUCUUUUUUUUUUUCUCUUUCCUUUUUGGUGCACGUAGGCCAGCAUUGCAGCAGUCAUUUUGGGUUUGUGGUAUCUUGCAUGUCUAUCUCAGCACACAGUAGCCCUUGUGUCAUUCCUGAUAGUGCUUGUAAGGAAGAAAAAGAUCACCUUUGCUCAUCAGAUCCUUGCUGGUGAGUUGUAGAUACACCAUAUCUACUAGGGUCUAGUUUAAAACGCAGUCUUGUAAUAAAAAAAUGCAAUCAUUGCUGUUGUUCAUUGUUGUGAACUUGACUGAUGGAGACAUUUCACCAGGUGUGUUUGACACAUGUUGAUUUCCAGUAAACAUACAGCCUACAGUCGUGCCUCUCUGGAAGCACAGGAACUGGUCGUUUCAUACCCAUAGCUCUCCAUUCUCUCCUGUACAUAGGAUAUGCACAGGUUUACAAUUCUCAAGUUUGGUCAACAUCUGUGAACGUAAGUGACUGAUCUUUGCAUGUUGGAACGCUGAGUCCAGGCCUUGCUUUAGACAUGCACAGUGUCUUGUCCGUACACCAGCAGCUUUAGGCCGAGCAUGUCCAGGACCCUUUGGCUUGCCAGGGGAGCCCAGGCUUGGUCAGGCCUGAAGCAGCUCCUCAUUGGGGGAGCCAUUCUUGGUACCUUGCCUUUCCUCUUUCCUCCUGCCUGUGCCACUGGCCCCCUUCUGGGUGGCAUCUUCUCUGGGACAUCCUUCCCCCAAAGUGCUUCGCCGAAUAUAGACAUGUCACAUGAAAAUAAUUUCUCUCUUCAUGACUAGACUCUCACAGUAUUUAGUGGGCUAGGUCUGAAUGCCACUCAGUGACCACCUUUUUCCCACUCCCGUUGGUACCAUGCUGUACAUCUCGUGUUGUAGUGAGAGCUGUGUGUUGUGUUUGGAAGCAUUUGUGGUAAAGAUACAAAUAAGAUUUGCAAAAUUUUGUAUAUUUAUACCACAGGUAGGGAUUCUUGCUAGAGCCACUGUAUCUUAGGGUAAUUGAUUUCACUAGUGGCUUCUGCAUUCUUAGUUCUAGGAGACUGUAUUAGUGACUGGUUUCAGAUACAUAGAGUACAUAUUUAUAUACACCACUGUGGAAUUUAUUUUACUGUGUAAAUAGUGAUAUUUUCCUGUUCAAAUGCUUCUAUACAAAGUAUUUAUUUUAACAAAAAUUAGCUAACUGUCAAAAGGGCUUUCCAAAAACUAUUCUUGCCAUCUGUUUUCCCAGCUCCCAUGCUCAGCUAUCAAACCCCUAAACAUCACAGUAAAGGCAGGAGGCUGUAACCUUGAAACCCUUAUGGUACUUGGGUAGACACAACGUGGAUUGGAACCUGAAUGCUGUUCCCACUGAUGUUCCAUCCCAGAGCAAAGUGGGACUUGAAGGGGUGUGGCUUUGCUCAGCCCAGCAUCCGGGCUCCCCCCAAGCCCACUCACAUGUGCGCCCAUUGGCACACUCAGCUGUUCACACCCAUGGCCUGUGCAGGGUUGGCCAUGGUUGAAGUCCCAUGGCAAGCAGCUUCGUGUCUAUGCAGUGAGGAAAAUCCCUAUGGUUGCCAGUAUGAGCUUCUAGUCUGCCUCUCAGGAUUGAUUGACGAGAGCCCUUUGACACACCCAGAGGUGACAGACAUGUCAUCUUCUGCUCAUUGACAGCACUUGGGAACACCUUGGCUCUCCUUUCCUCCCUUCUCAUCAAGCAUCUGCGCAGAUGUGGCCUCUUUCACCCAUAUGUAACCCAUGGUUCUAGAGUGCGUUCAGCUUUGCCUCUCAGGAGUCCUGGUCUGCAAUUCAGAGCACCCUCAGUGUCGUGGAACCGUGCUCUGUAGUCCCUGGGCCUCCAUCCAUGGGUACCGUCUGUCACUGCGUCACUCUGCUAGGAUGGCUGGAUUGACCUGCAGCUGCAGGACUCUAGGGUGCUUGGAGACCAGGUAUGUAGGAGUUACUGUCAUGCACUUGAACUGUAGUCUGUGUAUUUCCUUAGGGCCUUCCUUUGUCUUUUCUAAACAAGGAAGGCAUGUGAACGGUAGUGCUGGAGAAUGUUUUCUCAGAUGCUGUUUAUAAGCAAAUCUGAAGUUGAAAUGAAAUGUGAAUGGGUAACUAGGUGCCAGGGAAUUUAGCACUGAACUAGACAGUCAAAACCUUUUUAACCUUUUGCAGAAAGUAGAUUCUGUUCUCAUCUAAAUGUUCACAAGAUGUAAUGCUGUAAAUAGUUUUCUAAAAAUAUUUAUUACAUGUGCUGUAUACAGACUCUGAGUGAUGUUGGUUUGCAUUGUAUCGUAGAAGAAUGUAUUUUUAGUAGUGGGCUUCUUUCAUAACACAGUUCACUUAUGGAGAAAGAAACUAAACCAGCAGGCUGAGAGCUGUUUGGGGUAUUUGAUCUGUAAUGGACCAUCCAAUCCAAGCUUUAACUGCCCCCUCUUCUCAUCUGGUUGUGUUAUAUAUAUAUUAUAUAUAUACAGGUGUACAGUAAAUUGGUCAGUGCCCGGGUCUGCAGAGCAGAUUUCCAGGUGUUCUUUCUGAUGUGUUCCCAUAGCAAUACGACUCCAGGUGCUGACCAGUCCUGUUGUCUCAGAGGAUCAGGUUGGGAGACAGCUCUUGCAAAGCCUCUUGCCUUUCCUAAGAGGCUGCUUUACUUGAAUUGUUGCUUCUGUUUCUUCUGCAUGCUCCCAUGUCACAAAACUGUAGCAGCGUGUGGGAACUCUGCCACCACCAGACACAUCAAAAGUGGACAUACCAAUCAAAAAGUUAGCAAUUUUCCAGAAAUUUGUAGUUUCCAGAACAGAUGAGACAAAGCUCAUUUGGCCAUAGAAUAAAUGUAAGGAAUUUUUACCAGGGAGACAUAUGUGGCCUCUUAUAUUCCCCCUGCUCUGUCUGACUCACCUUGGGAAGCUAGCCUAUACCCUGCCUUCUGCCUCUUUGCCUUGGCUCGAGGUGUCCCUGGUCUCUAGAGUCUGGCUAGGCUCUUAGUAUGCCCAGCUCUGUUGAGCAGCCUUUCCUUGUGACCGUCCUAAACUUAAUGAAAAGGAACACCCCAUACCCAGAUAACCAUUGUUAGAAGCGAUGUAGUUUUUUAGGCUUUUGGAAUAUGUCUUUUUUGUAUUUCUGAUGAUGUUUGGGAUUUUUCACUAGUGUUUUUUAGAUUGAAGUGGGUGCAUUAAGGUAAGCUUUCCACCGCUGCGCCCGGAAGCGUGCAGAGGAAAGAACUUGCCCUGCAUUACGUGGUUGGGGAGGUGACUACUUACGGUGGGGGUGGGGGAGGGUCUUGUAGAUGAUACAGGGGUGAAAUAGAAAUUUUGGCUGGAGGUUUCCUAAGUCAUUGAUAUUUUGUAAUGAAAAUUCCCCAUGUUAGCCUCGCUUAAUCUCAAUGUGAGCCUGCUGUUUACCCUCAGGGAACAAGUGGUUUUCAAAAUUGAACUCCUCCAAGGUCCUAGGCCAGUGCCCAUGUGCUCUGGUCAUCUUUGUGAUCUCAUGGCAUUAUUUUCCCAUAUGCAUUAUGAUAUUAAGAAGUUCAACCCCACCCUGUAUGAAAAGCACAGCCCAGUGCCCUAAUUUAGGCUAGUGUCGAUGCCUUUGAGGGCCUGGGGGUCCUAGGAGGCCCAUGCAACUUAACUGAAGCUCAGGUGUGCAUUGGAUUUUGCUUCUGUUAGGCCACAACCCUUCAGAACGAGUUUAGGGCAGGGGCUGCGGAUCCAGCUCCAGGUUCAGGGAGCUGAGCCUCCACCGUUCCUUAUUUUCACUGGUCCCUCCUGGUGUUGUUGCCAAGGUCAACCCCGUAGGUGUUUGGAUGUGCUCCUUUUUGCUGUCUUGUGAGUUGUAGCCAGUGCUCCAGAUGCCCAAGGGUGGGGCCUCUGGGGGGUCCAGCCCUCCCUACCCCCAGCGCCUUUCAAACCAGUGAAGUGAGAAGAAUCUGCAAAUGGCCACUUGGUAGGGGCAGCACGUGCCUCUUGGGCCUGGACUCCAUUGUUAGUGAGUAUAGGAAAUUACUGUCUCUUUAAUGGAUGAAAAUUCAAUGUAUGCUGUGAAUUUGUUGGUUUGAAACAUUGAAAAUUUUUCAUUAGACAAUGUUUACAUACCUCACCUGAAGAACCUUUGAGAGUGUAUAUAUGAAAUUAAAAAAUAUAUUAAGUUGCUUUAAAACAGUAUGUAUAGCUAUAAAAGUUGGAGUUAUUUUAACUUUGAGUAUGUACCAAGUCUCUUAAAUAUUGAAAUCUUGUAGACUUUCUGUGCUUCUGUGUUUCGCUUUUCCUGUUGGACCACAUAGAUAACUGUGUUCUUGUUAUUGAUAAAGGGGCCCACACUGAAGUCCAGGCUUGGAAGGAUUCCCAUGGUGGUCAGGAUUUUCUGGCUUGGUUUUGAGGGGAUAGGGUGUGGAGCUAGAGGGUGUGUGGGAGGGAUUUCUCUAACAUUGACAUCUGUUCUGUGAGCUUUUUCAAGGCGCUUAUUUUAUUGCAGCGUAUUAAACUUCUUUGAUAUUAAA